GGAAAUAACAAUUAUAUACUCAUUUACAUUUUGAAGUCAUUGAUAUCUACGUUCGUGAUUGGUGCAGAACUAGUUCUCAAAGAAACAACAUGUUGUAUCCUCGGCAAUAAUAAAUACAACAAAUUGUUGGCCUUACCAGUUUCUUGACACCCAGAAAAAAAAGUUGUACCAGGUAUAUACUGAAACAUCUUUCUUCAACCACAUCAGUCUAGAAUCAGUGAUCGGCAAAUAAAGUUUGAGAAGCAAUGUUUACACACGCUUUCCUCUUUGUCUGCUUGGCGGCAGCACUAGUAUCGAUUUGCCAGUCAAGGUCUAUUUCCCCUUCACGUUCUCCAUGUCCAGAAUUUUUUACUUACGAAUCAAGUAAUAAUCGAGGAUACUGGACCGCAAGUCUCACAUUAAGAUCAGACUAUGAUCUCCACGGAAUAUGGAUUAGAUUGAUAUUUGAUAAGGACGUCAAAGAUUUAACAAUCGAUCCUCAAUUUGAUAUCAAAAUAGAUUCUGCUGAUCGAAGAACAAUAAAAGUACAAGGUCCAAGCAUGAAUCUUAAGGUCGGCGAAUCUAAAAUUCUAAAUAUGAAUGUUACAUACGAAGGAUCAGAAAUUCCUAGCUUGAUAGAAUAUCGAUUGAACGCUCGAACGAUAUGUCCUGAAGUUUAUGAUAAAAAUGUUGAUGUAUUCAAUGGAGACGCCAAAUCAGAAUACUUCUUACCUUCUCUACAGACCAAAAAACAGAUUAUACAGCAAAAAUAUGAAUGUGGAGUACCGUAUACAUCAAACAAACAUCCCUGGCAAGCAGCAGUGUAUUUGCGAAUAAACAGAGAAGAAAUUUAUACAUGUGACGCUAUUUUGAUCGAUCCAAUGUUUGUUAUUACUGCAGCUCAUUGCGUCACCCUAAAAAAUGGAAGUAAAACUGUUCCCAGAUCGAUUGUUACAAUACGAUUCGGAGAAGAUGGUAGCGAUGAAAAUGCUUCGAAAAGUUUCGUUAGUAAUAUAAUAGUACAUUCAGAUUAUAUACCUGGUUCUCUAAUGGAUGAUGUAGCAGUUUUACGUUUGGUUGAUCCUGUUGAUAUUACUAAGAAAUUUAGACCAAUUUGUCUGGGAAUAAAUAGUAAAUCUGAGAAGAUAGUACUGUCUGGUUAUGUACUCGAUAAAGAAGGAAGAGUCGAAAAAGUUAUCGAUUCAGAUGUAUCAAGAGUCGAUCAGAAUGAUUGUUUAAUUUCAUCUCCAAAUUUAGUUGAUGUUUUGACUUACGACACGUACUGUGUGGCUUACAAUCCAGGUGACCAAAAUUGUAUUGGUAAUUCUGGAAGUGCUCUUGUUUCCAUGGAGAAUGGUAAAACAACGCUACAAGGAUUGGUUUCUUUGAGUGCAAGGUUACAAAAUCAAUUUGAAUGCAAUGAUAAAACGAACAUUAUAAUCACUAAUAUUAACAGAUAUUUACAUUUCAUCGCCAACAUAAUUUAUCAUUAGAUUCAACUACUUAUACCAAAUUUGAUGGUCACCUACAUUUUAUUGCAUAAUAAAUAAUGAAAAAAGUA